AGUGAAGGCUACAAGACUGUAACUAUUUUGAUUAAAAAGUUAUAAACAUUUUACCCGACUGCAUUUUCAUUCCGUUCUUAUUUUGCAUAAGUGUCAUAUGAUUUUUACUGAUGAAACCAUUGACAGUGUAUUCUAUUUACUUGUUAAUAUAUUCCUUUUUCAAUAAUAUGAAAAACAAUUAUAUUUAUUCAUUUAAGAUGUUAACAAAAAGGCAAUUGUUAAUACUCUGAUUUUUCGACAUACUAUUUAAGAUGAACAUACGCUAAUGUCGAAGAUUUGCCUUAUUCGAAAUUAUUUAUUCCGCCCUAAUUAUUGUUGAUUGGAAAUAAAGUCUUUUUUUUUCUUACGAACUAUAAGGUUGACAUAUGCCAUUCGAUUGCUGUUCUUUUAAUGUUUGUCUUUUAAAUAAUACAUUGUAUAAGUGGUCAAUUAAGAGAUCGUUUCGUGUUCUCCGUUUUUCUUUCUAGAGGACACAUUCUCUAACGAAAACAAGUGAAAAAAAAAGUGCGAAAUACUUAUAUCACCUUAGUUUUUUUCUUCUAUCGAUGAUCGAACAAUAGGUUAAAAUACAUUAAUCAUCUACUUGAAUAUGUAUCGUUUUUUUUGCAAUGUUUUUAUUGUCAAGGUAAAAAAAAAAUUUAGACACAUUAGAUGUAUAAAAUUUGAUCAACUAUGCUAAAUAGACGAGAAAACGAAAAGAGAGCGUGUGAGCAUGGAAUAAAGAUGUUUGACAUCGAAUGUGUCGAAAGAAUAAAAGUUUUUUCUUCUUCUUCUUCUUCUAUUUCUUUUCAAUUGUUCGAAAGCAAAAACUUUUUUCUGUUGUUUCUUAUUAUUUCUUGUCAUUUUAUUAUACACAAAGAUAUCAACUACUACUAUAUAGUGAUUAUUCAAUUUUAGUAUCAAUUAUAUUAUGAUAGAUAUUCAUUGAAAAUUAAUAAACUUUAUUCAAUAUGCCUAACAAUUGUUCUGAUCUUAUACAGCGCAAACAGAAUAUUCUUCAUAAACUUUUACGAAGUCGGAGUGAACGUAAAUCUUUAAAUGGUGAGAAUAAAGUUCUUCUUUUCUUUGUGUAUAUAAUCAGAAUUUUGUUUGUUGAAACCAUAUACUAAGAAAUAAGAUGAUCAUAUUGAAAUUAAGGUCAUAUCAUAAAUUACAAUUUUUCUAUUUGACUUUAUUAUUUACAUACAGAAGUUUUAUAAUAUUAAUAAAUGAUAUAUAUGUUAGUUGAUAAACUUGACUUAUAUUUUAAAAUAAGAAGGAUAUUAAAAUAUAUUACCUUGACACUCAUAUUGUAGAAUGUAAAAAUUAGUUGAAGAAAAUAAAAACUAUAAAACCGUAGUCUCAAUAGGUUAUUUGUUAAAUGUUUUUUUAACUUAACAAAAUUAUUUUUUAAAUAAACAUUUUUUGUGAGUAUUAUACAUAUACUUUAAUUACCUGGUUUUAAAUAAUAAUAAUAAAAAAAGAAGAAAAUAUUCUAGAGACAGUCGUUGUUGUUUUUUCUUAGUUGUUACUGAAACUACUUCUAAUUUACGUAUUUCUGUGGAACGAAAACCUUUGGAUCGUUCACCAUCUUCCAAUCAUUUACAACCUGAUUCAGCCGGAUCAUCUCCUACUCGUCGAACAAAUUUAUUUACUACAAAUCGUAUUCAACCAACAAAUACACAUAUCUAUGAAAAACAUUUACCAUUAAUUCGAGAUAUAUCCGGUACAUCAUUACAUCAACAUCGAUUAUAUGAUGAUGGAUAUCCUCGUUCUCGUUCAAAAACUCCGAUUGGAGGUACUAGUCCAAAAAGUGCACAACGUUCAUUAUCGGCAUCGAUUUCAUCUAUUUUUAAUACACUUUCAAAACGUUCACAAGAAAAUGUUAUGGGUUCAAAUGGUGAUAUAAAUGAAUUAAAAAUAACAUCUAGUCGCCGUUCACGACAAUUAAGUAAUGAUAGUAGUAAAUUUGGCGUUGAUACAAAUCAUAUUACUACGACAACAAAAAAAAUAACAGUGACACCACAAAAACAUACAGGUGAUGAUGGAUUAGAUAAUCGACCCGGAACAAGUCGUCAACAACGAUCAUCAAUGCAAUCAGCUAGACCUCGUUUAAAUAUGCCAAAUGUUCAAGUUGAAAGUCCACUUAUGCAUGAAUUAUUAACAAAAGAACAAACAAAUACUGGUUCACUUUAUCAACGUCGUACAAAUAAUAGUGUUAGAUCACCGAUAAAACACAAGAUUGAUAAAUAUCGUCGUCGUUCAGAAGAAACAACACAAGCUAUAACAGGAAAUACAAAUACAAAUACAGGAAAUGUUGGUGUUUCUACAACAACAUUAACAUUAGGUAGUCCAUCAUCAAUACGUUCAAAACCACAACCAUCUCCAACAUCAAUUCGUCGUGUUACGUCAGAUGCAGAAAUUCAAACUCGACAUGAUAAUAUUCGUACAUCAAUGGAGUCUAAUGUUAUUCAUGCAGAUCAUCCUCGUGUUAAAUCUGUACAUAUACAUGCUACACAUCAAGAAUUAGUUCCACCAGCAACUACUACUCAUACGACAUCAGCAUCUCAGCGUCGAAAUCCUCCAAUACCUUUGGCUACUGCUGUACAACAACGUCCAAGUACGAAUAAUGUUAAACAUCGACAACAACGAUUAUCAUCUGCAAAACAAACAGCAGGAACCAGUCAAGGAAAUCUUUAUUUAGCUUUUAUAGCAUCACGUCAUUUAUCAACAUUAGAAGAUACACCUGAAUGUGAUAUAGAUCAUCCAAGAUUAAUACAGAUAUUUUCUUGGCUUAGAAAUGUUGAAAAACAUCGUCAUGAACAAGCCGAUUAUGAUGCAUUAAUAAUUGAACAAGAUCAACGUAUGUUAGAUCAAGAAGAAGAUUUUUCAUUAUAUUCUGAAAUACAACAUGCUGUUGAUGAUGUACCAGCAAAUACAACUGGUGAACCAUGUGAAAGAAUUGCAACAAUGGCAUUUGAAGAUUAA